AUGCCGAAACUCCAAAUACGAAAACGUCUGAUCCUCCAUCACAAGACACACCAGGGAACAAAGUCGUCGCGAGUGAUUUUUGGUUCCAGAUCCUCUGAUCAGCAGCCAGAGACAGUUGUACCACCCAAUGGCACAGUCGAUAAGACCGGUGUGAAACCGAGAUUAACAACUAGGCGUAACAAGGGCAGAACAUUCAUCAAGAUUUCGAAGGCAGAUCCAGUGUCCAGAAAGAAUUCAAAACCGGGCAGAAAGCCCAGAAAUUCAAUACCCAAGAAAAACCAAGAAAAACCAAAGCCCAGAGGGAGACCGCGUAAGGAAGCGGUUGGCUCGGCCAAGUUGACGAUCAGAAAGCGCGUGGGAUCUUAUGGAUCGCGUGCAAUAGUGCAAUCUGGAAGGCCGAAUUCGAGAAGAGUGGUCAGAUCAAAUCCAGAAUCUGAUUCUGAUUCAGAAACUGGGUUUGACUCAGAGUCGGACGACGAUGCUGACGAGCCUCGUGGGCCUGGAAAGUUGUAUGUAAUGGCAGGUUUAUUCUCCAAGGCUACUCAUGGAUCGACAUACAAAAAGGACAAACUUGUCAAGGUCAAGCUUCCAGAGAAUAGAGACCUUUUGAAGGUGAAGUCAUUCAAAAUCCCAUACGAUGUGUACUGUCCCUCUCCAAAAAGAAUCAGGAAAAUUGGGGGUUGGAAGACCAUCAAAAGAAACAUUUUUAUCAGCUCCAGCAGGUCUGAAUUGAUAAAUUCGUUGAGGGAAAAUUAUCAUGGCAAACAUUCGUCGUUUACGCAAUGUGUAUGUGAGGAUAGAUGUGACGAAAACUGUUUGAACCGUAUAAUGCAAGUGGAAUGUGAGGCUGGCAGCUGUGGAGUGGAGCAGAGAACUGGAAUUCCAUGCGAGAACAGACCAUUCUCGACGUUGGCCAAGCAGUUGGCAGCAAACAAGGCCUAUGCUGCUGGGUAUGAAGUUGUAUCUACCGGUAAUAAGGGUAACGGUUUGAGAGCUACGAGGUCUUACAAGCCCCAUGACUUGAUCAUCGAGUACAUCGGUGAGGUGCUGGAUCAGAAAGAGGUAGCCAAGAGGCUAAAGGACUCAUCGCGUUUGAAACAACUGGGUCCUUCUCAUUUCUACUUCCUCUCUCUAGAAAAGGGUCUGUCUAUAGACAGCAAGAAGAGGGGAUCUUUGGCCCGUUUUGUGAACCAUUCGUGUUCGCCCAAUUCGGAGAUGCAAAAAUGGUAUAUACUGGGUGAACCAAGGAUUGGCCUCUUUGCCGGCCCCAAUGGGGUAUCUGCUGGUGAGGAGAUCACUUAUGACUACAAUUUUGAUUGGUUUCCUAGUGCCGAGCCACAGAAAUGUUUGUGUGGAUCACCUCGUUGCCGUGGUACCAUAGGUAAGAGAUCAUCCAAACAGGGCUCUCCUCCAUCUCUUGCUUCACCACCAGCCGAGAACUCUAGAAAACACAAGCAUGAUAAAGGCAAGGAUAGCAAGAGACCCAAGAAGCGUGCAUUCCAAGAAGCCACUCCUCCGUCAUCUCCUGUCACUGAGAACGCGUCUGUGAAAGAUCAAACCCGUUCCAAAAAACGAGGCCGCCCUCCAAAGGACUUGAAAAUGCGAAAGCGUGCUCGUCAUGAAGACAAACCCCGCAAAACCCUAAGAGCUGGAAAGACGAACGCGAAAGUUGAGAUAGAUGCUGCUAAAGAACCAACCACAGAAAAGACAAGAAGGUAUAAUAGACGUCAUUCGGACGAUCUGACCCAGCUUGCCCAGACAAUGCCGCACUCUCUCAUGAGAUCCCUGCGAAUUGACAUGGCACCUCCUGGAAAUGUGGUUGAUGAUAUCACCCGCGAGCUUGUGCAAAUUUCCAAAAAAGUGGCCACCAAACCAACCGGAAUACCCCAGAAAGUACAGAAGAAAGCAACAAGAUUGGACCGGACACACAAGUCGAAACAUCUACAUGCAGAGAUCCCCAAGUCUUCCAGAUUCAAAGAGCAGAAGGACGAUCUCAACAAGAUUCAGGCAAUUUUGAAAGCAAACUUGGCAAAGAGUGGGCCGUCCAAGCAAGAGCUCAACCGCCUCACAAUUGACGAUAAGCCACCCCUGGUUCUUCCGAGAGGAAACCGUGCAAGCAGAAAACCUGUGAACUACCACGAGUAG